UAUCAGGCCACAACACAACAAUGGCAGCAACAGUAGCAGAAGCGACGUCCUCGACGCGCCCGCAGAUCACCAUUCUUAAGCGGCAGCGCCAGGACCUCCCCCUUGCUCAGAACAAGUUCCUCAAGAAGACGGCACGCGGCAAGGUUCUCCAGUUCCUCCGCGAGCGCUAUGUUCGCGACGACAUCCCCUGCGGCUUCGCCGAGUGCCACCUCUGCGCCGAGUUCCCCGGCUUCAAGCCGGUGCUCCCAGCGCGGGGGUACGCGCGCCAUGCCAAGUUCAACUCCAAGGACGGGCACUGGCUCGUGAUUGACACGAAUAUCGUACUGCACCAGAUGGACCUCCUCGCCGCGCUGCCGGCCCAGCUUCCCCUCGUCAUCCCCUCCACUGUCCUCCGCGAGACGCGCCACCGCUCCCUUCCCCUCUUCAACCGCCUCCAGCAGCUCGUGCAGGACGAGGAGCGCUGUGUGUGGGUCUGGUGGAAUGAGGAGUGCCGUGAGACUGCCACCGCUGGCAUUGAGGAGGCCAAUGAGGUCGUCAACGACCGCAACGAUCGAGGUGAGCUGGAAAACCCCGGCCAGAGCUCACCCUCAGUCAUUCGGCAGACCCUGCACUUCUACCCCAAGCACAUCGCCGAGUCGUCAAGCGCCUCGCCACAGCUUAUCCUCUUGACAGACGACAGGAGGAACCGCGAGCUCGCAUCGGCCGAAGGCCUCACCGCCACCACGACGCGCGAUUACGUCGACGGCCUGCAAGGCGAGGUCCGCGACCACCUCGUGGACCUGGUCGCUGGUGGUGUCGAUGCCGCCGACCCCAGCGAGCGCAAGAGCAGGAGGAUCUAUGACGACUACCUCCCCCAGGAGGUGCUGUCCAACGGCGUUAAGAGCGGACGGUUCUUGGAAGGCUACUUCAACGCCAGCCAGUACAACUACCUUGAGGGCACUGUCCGUUCUCCAAGGUUGCCCAGGAACAUUCUGCUCGUGGGCCGCAAGGCCAUGAACCGUUCCGUCGACGGCGACCUGGUCGUUGUGGAGCUGCUGCCCGAGUCCGAGUGGAAGGCGCCCGGCGAUGAGGUGCUCGACCAGGACGUGGCCCUCAAGGACGAUGACGUCGAGGGAGACGAGGCUGGCGCCGUCGAGGCCGAGAAGGAGAAGGACGAGGAGAUGGACCUCGAGGAGGUCAAGCAGAAGGACCCCAAGGAGAUCCUUCCCACUGGCCGUGUUGUCGGUAUCACCAAGCGCAAUUGGCGCGCUUACGUCUGCCACAUCGACCGCUCGUCGCUGUCCGACGCCGCGCUCACUUCGCUCUCCCAGCAGACCGUCUUCGCCACCCCCGUCUCUCGUGCUCUUCCCCGCAUUCGCCUCCGCACCAGGCAAGCUCCCGCCCUCAUCGACCAGAAGAUCCUCGUCACCAUCGACGGCUGGUCCACCUCCUCGCGCUACCCCGACGGACACUUUGUCCGCGCGCUCGGCAAGGUCGAGAGCAAGGAGGCCGAGCAGGAGUCGCUCCUCCUCGAGUACGAGGUGCCGUACCGUCCCUUCGGCAAGGCCAUCCUCAACUGCCUGCCCAAGGAGGGUGACACCUGGAAGGUGCCGGUCAAGAGCGACACAUCCCCCGAGUGGCGCGACCGUGAAGACUUGCGCGACCUCGUCAUCUGCAGUAUCGACCCUCCUGGAUGUCAGGAUAUCGACGAUGCGCUGCAUGCUAGGAAGCUGCCUAAUGGCAACAUUGAGGCUGGUGUUCACAUUGCCGACGUUUCUCACUUUGUUCACGCGGACAACCCCAUGGACUCGGAGGCGUCUUCGCGCGGUACCACCGUUUACCUCGUCGACAAGCGUAUCGACAUGCUUCCCGAGCUCCUCGGCACGAACUUGUGUUCGCUCCGCCCCUUCGUCGAGCGUCUCGCCUUCUCCGUCAUCUGGGAGUUGACCCCCGAGGGAGACAUCGUCAAGGUCCGCUACACCAAGUCGGUCAUUGCGUCCAAGGAGGCCUUCACCUACGCUGCCGCCCAGAAGCGCAAGGAUGACAAGUCGCUCAAGGACCCGCUCACCGAGGCCAUCCGCCUGCUGAACACCUUGGCGAUCAACCUCAAGGCCAAGCGUAUCGCCGCUGGUGCUCUCUCGCUGUCGUCUCCCGAGCUCAAGAUCCACCUCAACUCGACCGAGUCGACUGCACCGAUCGACGUUGAGCAGAAGGAGCAGCUCGAGACCAACUCGCUCGUCGAGGAGUUCAUGCUUCUCGCCAACAUUAGCGUCGCGCGCAAGAUCCAGGAGGCGUACCCCGCUACUGCUGUGCUCCGUCGCCACGCUCCCCCACCAAAGACCAACUUUGAAGCGCUCCAGGACAUUCUGAUGAAGCGCAAGGGAAUGAAGCUCGACGUGUCGAGCUCCAAGGCGCUCGCUGACUCCCUGGACAACUGUGUCGACCCCGAUCACCCCGAGUUCAACACCCUUGUGCGUAUCAUGGCGACACGGUGUAUGCUGGCGGCCGAGUACUUUGGCGCUGGUAGCGUGUCGAAGGAGGCGUACGGCCACUACGGUCUUGCCUCCGAGAUCUACACACACUUCACAUCACCUAUCCGUCGUUACGCCGACGUGCUGGUUCACAGGCAGCUGUCCGCGGCCAUCAACUACUCGCCACUGCACCCAUCUCUGCAGUCAAAGCAGCACGUUGAGCGCAUGCUCAACGUCGUCAACAAGCGUCACCGCCUGGCACAGAUGGCAAGCCGCGCGUCGGUCGAGUUCUAUGUCGGCUUAGCGCUCAAGUCGCGCACCGAGGGGACCGUCAACCACGCUGUGCGCGAGGAGGCGUUCGUCAUCCGCACCUUCCGUAACGGCCUGGCGGUGUUCGUGUCCAAGCUCGGCCUCGAGGGCCUGAUCACGUUUGCAAAGGACACGCACGAGUUUGACCCGGAGAACUACCUCAUCCACGUUCCCCGACCAGACGGCAGCAAGGCGACGAUUGCCGUGUUUGACCGUGUCACGGUCGACAUUUCUAUUGAGAAGGACGCCAACACGCAGCGCGGCAAGGUGGUCAUGACGCUUGUCGAGCCUGUGAGCUCGGAGGGGCUGUAGAGGGGUGUUGGUACAUCAGUGUAUUAUGUAUGCAUCGUGCUUGAGCA